AUGCUACCAAUGACAGGACGUUGGCCAAUCGGAAUGAGAAUAGCUGCAGCUGUUCCCAUGGCAAUAUUUGACAUCACAAAUGACUCAACUCUGCUACCGGGAUAUAAUAUUACGUACAACAUCGUAGACAGCUCGUGUGAACCCGAGAAAGGUCUUCGCGGGAUGGUCGCGUUUAAAACAGCUGAUUUGUUUAUUGGGCCCGCGUGCUCUGUAGUGGCGGAACCAACGGCACUACUAGCAAAAAUAUGGAACAAGCCUAUUGUAACUUAUGCUGCAUCCUCAAAUAAAUUCAUCAAUAAAUAUAUUUACAGCACGCUAAGUACAAUCACUGCUUAUGCUCGAAGAAGUGAGAAAUAUACUCCAAAGCUUGUGCUUCAGAUCCUUAAAGAGUUCGACUGGAAUAUUCUGGCCAUCGUAAGUUCAUCUGAAGUGGAAUGGAAAACAAUGGCUGAAAAAAUUAGAGCCACCAUUGAGCCUAGUGCAAAAGUUUCUAUGUUUGAAAAUUACGAUAAUAAAUAUCCACAGUUUGAGAGAAUCUUGCAGAAGGGAAAAGAAGUGUCACGGGGUGAGUGCCCGCGCAGCUUGCGUGCAGAUGUCUCCUAUUUCCUUUGCGGCACGAGUAAAACAAAAGAAAUAGGAGACGUCUGAUUUGCACCCAGGCAGGAGCCAAUAACCCGGAGUGUGCAACUCCCAUACUUUGCCUAUGCAUCGGCGUUAUCGAAGAUCAAGUUAUUUUUAGCAUCAUUUUUUAGCACUUUUUCCCGCGAAAAUUAAAGCACCGUGCUGUAUACGUGCGCAUCCACAGUACGAUUAUUAGGUAAAUGCUAUCAAAACACUAGAAAUUCUUUAGUCUAGUUCCCGAUUUUUGAUGACUCAUUUGUAAGACUUGUUCGAUAUUUAAAAUUCGCUGGAAAAUCGAUCUAAAAACAAACUGGUCUGUGAAGAUGCCGUUGCAUGGGCAGGCAAUGGGCACAAGGAAGUUGCUCGCAUCGCCUUGGUUAUGGGCUCUAGUGCCAACGUAAUAUUCAUCUAACGCUGCUAAAGCUACCACUAAGAAAUUGCAAUUAUAAAGAUACAUAUUAUUUGAAAGGGCUUGUUUGUCUCAUGGUAAAGAUAAAAUAGACAACAGUUACCACGAAGUAUAUUACGAUUAAAAUUGAAGGCAAGUCUGAUCGGACAGCUAAGGUUUACAAACUUAUUUGCCCAACAUUUCGACUAGACAAAACUAGUCUUCAUAAGGGGCUCGAAAGGCUAAGUAUUGCAAUCAUCUGAUAACUUAUAUUUAGGGGCAGGGAUAAAGCCAGUGUUCCCGCAUCAUGUCUAGCCUGUUACAGGCGUUCCGGCCGAUUGGUGUACCCUCAAACGUAGGCGUUAUUUUGGCUCGUCAUGCAAUACUAAGAACGUCUGCGUGAGAGGCUAAAGAUAAAGAAAACAGUCCAAUGAAAAGUGAGUACUAACCGAGGAAAAUGUGACAGCGAGAGGACACUCCAUUUCGCGCUACUUCACGAUCUGAACGCCCUGAACAGGCUACAUCAUUGUCCCCGUGAGUGCCUAUUACCGAUUGGAUGGAUUGAACGUCUGGGUAAUUCUGCCUCCUAGCUAGUCACUGACGCACCAAUUCCAACUCGUCAGAUUUCAUGGAAUAUGUUGUAGGGAGAAAAUGUUUUCCCCUCGAAGGUUCUUCCAUAGCAGCGGUAAUGUUACACGAGGGAACGUGUUUCUGCAACACGUCCCGUCUCACAACCCUUGCACAUAUAAAUUCUCUGUGUCGUUAAAGAACCCACGAACUGUUCGUAAAGAGUAGGGGACAUAGUCCGCGGUGUGGUGAUCUAUCUCUCAUGUGGGAAGGGACUGUUACGGGCCCGCGUAGUGGCGCCACGCACUAUUGCGGUGACCCUGACAAGAGCUGGCAAACCUAAGUAAAUAAAUAAACAAAUGCCCUUGCUUCACGCUACUGCAACAUUUCCUACUGAGUUUAGAUGGGUAGAUUUCAAUACAAUAGUUAUUACGAAAUAAAAUAGAAACAGCUUUAUUAAGAGUUAUAUUCCAGUUAAUACGAAGACAGAAUGAUGAGACAAAAGGACCCGCUGCAGUAAAAAUCCUAGCUUUUUAUUCAAAGCAUUUCUCGCUUGCAAUGGCGGGCUUUAUUUUUUUUGCUUUUGAAUUUGUCCCCGUGAGUGCCUAUUACCGAUUGGAUGGAUUGAACGUCUGGGUAAUUCUGCCUCCUAGCUAGUCACUGACGCACCAAUUCCAACUCGUCAGAUUUCAUGGAAUAUGUGGCAGGGAGAAAAUGUUUUCCCCUCGAAGGUUCUUCCAUAGCAGCGGUAAUGUAACACGAGGGAACGUGUUCCUGCAACACGUCCCGUCUCACAACCCUUGCACAUAUAAAUUCUCUGUGUCGUUAAAGAACCCACGCACUGUUCGUAAGGAGUAGGGGACAUAGUCCGCGGUGUGGUGAUCUAUCUCUCGUGUGGGAAGGGACUGUUACGGGCCCGCGUAGUGGCGCCACGCACUAUUGCGGUGACCCUGACAAGAGCUGGCGAACCUAAGUAAAUAAAUAAACAAAUGCCCUUGCUUCACGCUACUGCAACAUUUCCUCCUGAGUUUAGAUGGGUAGAUUUCAAUACAAUAAUUUUUACGAAAUAAAAUAGAAACAGCUUUAUUAAGAGUUAUAUUCCAGUUAAUACGAAGACAGAAUGAUGAGACAAAAGGACCCGCUGUAGUAAAAAUCCUAGCUUUUUAUUCAAAGCAUUUCUCGCUCGCGAUGGCGGGCCUUAUUUUUUUUGCUUUUGAAUAUUUACGGGACCUUCUUCAUUUCUUUUCCAGUUUUUCUUAUCCUCUGUUACAUAAAUGAAGUUCUUGACAUCAUGAAAACAGCUGAACGGUUGGGUAUGACUAAAGGAGAUUAUGCUUUUAUAACACUUGAUUUGAAUACCGACAUGUUUUAUAAAGACGGUCAAUGGUCUGGAAACGAAGGGAAAGGCUCUAAUUUCCCAACUGAGCUCAACGGCAUAAUAGACCUUAGCGUUUACCGUCCUGAGAUUUAUGAAGAGUUUAAAAUGAGGUACAACACGAUGAAAAACACUCUCGAUCCUUUCAUCAUAUCAAAAUUAUAUCCCAAGGUAAGAACCAGAUAGUUUUAGCUUUGUAAUUUUACUUUGCAUGUUAGUUGCGCCUGCUAUCAGAUUGUAUAUGUACUAGCUGACUGGUUGACCUAUUAACUAAUUGACUGAUUUACUAACUGACUAACUAAAUGAAUGAAUGAAUGAACGAACUAACGAACGAACGAACGAACGAACGAACGAAAGAACGAAAGAACGAAGGAAGGAAGGAAGGAAGGAAGGAAGGAAGGAAGGAAGGAAGGAAGGAAGGAAGGAAUGAAUGAAUGAAUGAAUGAAUGAAUGAAUGAAUGAAUGAAUGAAUGACUAACUGACUGACUGACUGACUGACUUACCGACUGGCUAGCUGGCUGAUUGACUGCGUGACUGACUGUCUGAUUGAUCAAUUGACUCGAAAGCAACUGAUUCGCUGGCUGACGUUUUGACUGGCCGACUAACUUUUGACUGAUUGGCAACUGACUAACAGACUGAUCAUUAACUGACUCAUGCCUGACUAAGUGGCGGACUGACCGUUGGACUGACUGACUGCCCGGGUCAGGGGUGACUGACUGGCUAACUAAUUGGCUGAUUGAUUGACUGACGAACUGAUUUACUUACUGACUGACUGAUUGAGUGACUCUCUGGCGAACUGAUAGACUGUCUGAUAAACUGAUAACUAUUGACUCGAUUAUCUCAUAGAAAGCAUUCAUUUAAUAAUUUCUUGUAUUGAAGAUCACUUUUUCCGACAGGUUUCUUGGUAUUCCUCGUUUCUGUAUGAUGCCGUCUACCUGUAUUCUCUGGCUGUAAAUGACACUUUAACCGACGGAUGUGACGUCACGAAUACAACUGAGAUUAUUACACGCAUGUUUAAUAGACAUUUCUACGGUAAGUAAGCUGCAGCUAAAACAACUCUUCCUAAUGUAUAGAUUUUUGAAUGUGUCCUAGAUGUAUAGCAUUGAAAAUAGACUCGCUUGAAACACGGUGUUUUUGUUCAUGAAUGUAUGUAUAUCUGACUUAACUUCAAUGUAACUCCAAUCUAAACUACGGUAAUACCUACGAAUGGCACAAUGAUAAUGGGCUCAAAUUUGGCGUUUAUACUACCUUUUUGACGCCCGAGUUCGAUUCCCAGCUGAGUCGUCAGUCACUCUUAAAAUAACUGAGGAGAACAACUUCCCUGUCACUUUUAAACUUGUUUGGCGCUUUUGACUUAAAAUAUCGCUCAAAAACUUUAACCUUUAACAACGUCACUCCCGCCACUUCGAUGAAAACUCGUGGUAGUGCGACUUGGCAGAACGAGUUGAGCACAAAUAAUUGGAAUUGAGGUCAUGCACGGAGUCAAAAACGUAAGCACUGGGGUCGAGAAUGCUCCUUGUCGAAGUCGCAAUCGCUGUCAAUACUAACAUUCUCUAGUCCAUUGAGUACUGUUAUGAGUUAUCGACGACGUAAAAUUAAGACCUUUGAAUUUUAAUUUACCUAAUUCUUCCUUUAUUUCAUUUCUUUAUAUUUGUCUCAGGAAAGUCAGGUCAUGUAUUUAUGGAAAAUGGCACCCGAGUUCCUCAGUUUGUCGUUGGUAACCUUCAAGAUGGCUCGUACCAGUUCAUCGGAAACAAAACCAAAAUAUUUCGUAACAGUACGGGACCGAUUUACCACCAGCUUCACCUCUUUGCCAAGUCAAAAAUCACGUGGCCUGGCGGGUCAAGUAAUGCACCCCUCAGUGAGCCUUUGUGUGGUUUUACAGGAGAGAAUUGUAGUGAGGAUAGCACAGGUGAAUAGAGUAUUUUAAGGUUAUUACACUCCAUAUUAAUUGUUUUUUGCUAUUCAGAGAAAUUAUUAUACAAGGCCCCUUUCUAGCCAUUUUUCCUCUUGUUUCGACUGUUCAAAUCUCGUUUCUUUUAAAGUCCCUUUUCUCCUUGUCCAGUAGUGGGGGUACAAGAAGAAAGAGGACUCAGCUGAGAACCAGAAUCAGAGGUGUUAUAGGAAGAAUCAAGAGUCCCAUUAUGACUCUUGAAGGCAUACUUAAUCCCAGAGUCUCUUAAGCUUAACCGCGCUCAAAGGGAAAUAAAACACUCGCAAUAGGCCAUGCAUAUGCGCGGUAAAUAACCGAAUGAUGACAACAAGAGCUCAUCACUCCCACAAGCAUCCGGGAUUCUAUGGCAUGGAAGUCACACCCUGGAUUUUAUCUUAAGACAAACGAAAAAUAAAUUAUAAGUCUCAAGUUUUGUUUCUGGUAUUUUCAGAUACUCUCGUUCUCAUUCUUGGCAUAGUUGGAGCUUGUCUUCUAGUUCUCAUCAUUUUUGUUCUCCUGAUCUGCGUAAGAAGACGCGNACCGAAUGAUGACAACAAGAGCUCAUCACUCCCACAAGCAUCCGGGAUUCUAUGGCAUGGAAGUCACACCCUGGAUUUUAUCUUAAGACAAACGAAAAAUAAAUUAUAAGUCUCAAGUUUUGUUUCUGGUAUUUUCAGAUACUCUCGUUCUCAUUCUUGGCAUAGUUGGAGCUUGUCUUCUAGUUCUCAUCAUUUUUGUUCUCCUGAUCUGCGUAAGAAGACGCGCCAAAGGGAAAGAGAGUAUUCAUACAAAAUGGAUGAUAAACUACAACGAGAUUGCACCGGCAGAUGACACUGAAGACCAUCCCAUGGUUCUUAACAACCUGCAUCACGUGAGCUCAUCAGAGGGCCUGGUAGAGCCAGCAUACUUGUGGUUUUUUUUUAUUCAUUUAUUUAUUUAUUUUUAUUUCGCUUUUGUUUGUUUGUUUGUUUGGGUCUUUUCUGUCUGGAUUUUUGUAAUGCUUAUCUUUCUGGUAUACAGCUAUUUGAAUUAAUGUUGUCGUAAGCCUGCACGACAAAAGCCGGUUUUUAAAUAGAAUGUUUCGAUUAACAAAACAGUCGGAAAAUAAAGUGGUCCUUCGCCACUGUACGUCAAAGAAACUGUUUAAUAAAAAGAUUCGUUUCUUUGGUGAAUCCAAAAAGGGUAUUGCGCUUCUUUCUAAAAUCAAAAAUAAAUUUUAAACCUAAAGAAUGUACACUCCGAGUGGAUUUAUCAGAUUAACCCAAAUCAGGAAUUUUAAAUUCUUUGAGAACAGAGAUCCGAAGAAAAAACACCGACAAACAGUUUUCCUCCAAAACGCGAUGAGGCUACCACGUUCUCUUUCUUUCGCUAACAUUGCGAAAGGCAAGCUAUCAAAGAAUCCAUUCAAUGGAACAGCCAAUCUAUUUAUUUCCAUGUCCACUCUGAGUGAAUUUCCCGUGCUCAGCUAUAGUUUCACUGGUGGCGUCGCGAAAUGACGGCUGUUUUCUCAGGCUUGAUACGCGGGUUCCCCCGGUCAUUGACCCGACGGCUAUGCCAUGCUUAUGAGCCCUAAUAAGGGCGAAAAAGCAGUCCAUGGCUGCCACUGCCUGGGUGAUCUGGCUGUGUGCAUGCGUGAGGUAUUGGCCAGGCCAUGGGAUGGUGAAUGUGUGCCCCUUGCUUUACGUUUGUAAAAUAGAAGCUACGGUUAGUUUUAUUUCAACGUAUUAUCAAUAUCUUUUUUAGCGUAGUACCCAAGGCUCCGAGUUCAAUGUUCUGCCAUCUGCGUCUUCUGCAAGGCUUAUGAGUGAUGGUGGAUUUCUUCAGAGAAGACUUUCUAAGGGAAUUUAUCGAGUAAGUGCAAUGGCAAAAUCCUUACUAUGCCUGCUAACCUUUAUCAUGGAGGCAAGCAGAUAAGACAAUAUGGUGCACCUCCAGCUUCACUGGCUAAGGUUUAUACAACCAUUGUUCGUCCUGUUCUAGAAUAUGCUGCCCUUGUCUGGCAAAAUAUACCAGAUUUUCUAUCUUAUAAGAUUGAGAGCAUUCAGAAAAGAGCUAUGGGCAUCAUUUUUCCUUUAAUGAAUCACAACGAGGCAUUAAAUGCCCUUAAUUUAACAACUCUAAGUGACAGACGCGCCCAUCUAUGCCAGGUUUUUAUUGAUAGACUCCGGAAUGAGAAUCACCCCUUGCAUUUUAUGCUCCCCUAACAGGAGGAGGUUGUGCAUAAUUAUAAUCUUAGAUCUGGCAUUAGUCGCUCCACGCGUCCUACCUGUAGGACCAAGCGCACGCACGAGUUUGUCACGCAUAAGUAUACCUAGUGGCUUGUACGAUUAUAUUUUGUAGUAUUUAUUGGAUUUAUUGUAUUAUAUUUUAGUAUUAUAUGUUUUGUAAAUAGCUCUGUAAUUCAGCCAUUCUGUAUAUUGCUGCAAUGAGUCUUAAUAAACAGUCAUUAUUUAAUUGGGGCUGUUCUAUUUGGACAUCACGCACAGUGACUGAAACUUAGGGCCUGUUUACAUGUAGGUGGGGACCCCAGGUAGGUGAGGUAACCAGCUUAGGUGGGGUAACCAACCUGUCCAUAUAAUCUCUCAUUUUAAUUUGAUCACGUUUACAUGACCGGUGGGGUGAUCCGCCAAGGCGGGUAGCCGGUCUGCCAGACCGGCUAACCCUCUCAGCCGGGGUCAAAUUUUGCCAUGUAAAAGUUUCAAGGUGGGGUAACCCACAUAGUCGGGGUCGGAUUCGUGAUACAUCAAAUUCAAGAAAAGUUCACUUUGGCAGUGGCUUUGCAUCAUUAUUAUUGCCAGAGCAGCAAGUGAGUGUAGAAGAGCAUUCAAUACCAAAACAUGUGGUUUGCCAGCAUUUUUCUUGUUUACGAGCUUAGCGACCAUUCAAUAAUCUUGAGAAAGUGCACCCCAGGAUGGCGGGGUUGUAAGAUUGUAUGUAAAGGAGAGCUAUUUUUUUUUUACCCCACCUAAGCGGGUACCUCACCUACCUGGUGUUUCCCACCUCCAUGUAAACAGGCCCUUAGAAAUGCCGGUUUUAAAAUCACAUAAACUAAAAACAAAAGUUCUUACGGCAGAAAUGAACUCCGAGGCCAAAGUUUGUAAUAGGAUUGUAUGUAGUAGGACAACAUUACUGUAAAGUGUGAUUACUUUUCUAUUUCUCCCAUUUAUCAGGGAAAAUCUGUUUUAGUGAAGAAAGUUUCUGAAGGAAUAUCGCACCUGACAGAAAAUAUGAAGAUUGAAAUACGCCAGGUGAUGCUACUAAGUAUUUUCCUAAAUACUGAUGAGAAGCAGGAACUAGUAAGUGCCACCUCCCCCUCCCCCCUGUGGAAGCAGAUUGUAUCUUUGUACCGAUUCUCUUUUUUUUAUCUGUCUAUCAGCCGAGCUCUCUCUUGUCUCAUUCGUGUCACAGCUCAUGUGAUCUCUCGCGUGUAGAGGGUUCUUGCUUCCCUCCUCGUGUUGACUCUUUUUGCACAAGGCCAUUCUCAACAUCCGCUCGCGUACUUCCAUUGCUCUAGCUAGCUGUAUAUAACGUCCUCGCAAUCCAUGAAACAAGCAUAUAUUUUGUAGGAAGUUACCGAGGAAUAAUGAAGCGAAUUUCAAGAAUUUUUCUUAAAGAAUUUUUCUUCAAAUGAUCCUAAGCUUUUUUGUUCGAGUUGUUGCAUACGAUAGACUGAUUUUAUUUUUGUUCUUUCUGCUACAGGCAUGUGAAAUUCGGCACGUGAACCUUAACCCAUAUGUAGGAAUAUGUGCUGAGUUUCCCGAUGUCUUGAUCGUUUCUGAGUACUGUGCUAAAGGAAGCCUUCAGGUGAUGACUUUUUUCUUAGGUACCUCUUCAUAAUCAAAUGAGCCGUGCCUUUAUUUUCUCCCGUAAUGCACUUUUGGUGUUAAAAAAACCCGAACAAAAACUCUCUCUUGUGCUUGAUCCAUGGGGUGAAAUUAAACUGAUUCCAUUCAUAAUUUUUGAUCCACUGUAAACUAAAGUUAUCCAGUCUUUGUAGUUUUUAGGAAUUUGUUCUUCACUCCUCUACGCAUUUUUAUUGCAGGAUAUUUUAUUAAAUGAAACUAUUAAGCUGGACUGGACUUUCAGGAUGUCAUUUGCUUCAGAUAUCGCUCGAGUAAGUCUGCCCAUGCCCAGUUGACGAUAUCUUGGCUAGGUGUGACUUGGCAUAAAGGACGGGGGAGCUUUUCUUUGAACCGUUACCAUCCCAUACAGCCAUUGUUAAUCAAGAUAAGAAAGUACGGAAAAUGCAACUGUAAAAAAAGCUGAGAUUAUAUACAAGAUAGUGGGGUUAUAAAAUUCGACACUUAAACUGUAAAGUACAUCUAUGCGUAUAUGUAUAACUUAAUUAGAAUCAGACUGAUGGAUUGAUUUUUAGAUUUAAAAAGCUGGAGCUGGAAAGUGCCAAACCUCCCAAAUUUCAUUCUAUAAACGGUUUCGAGCAAAUUCCACCAGAUAAAGUUCUAUCACAAGCAUUGGGUAAUUAAUCAUUAGAAUUUAAUUAAUAGAUUCAAAUUGCAAAUCUCAUGUAAACUGCAUAACAGAUGAUCAAACGAUUUUUUUUUCUUAGGAAAAUGGUAGCAUUAGCCUUUCCCUUUCUGAAGCAUCUUUUUGCACAUGCAUUUUUUGGUUCGUCGUUCGUUCUUUUCCUUAAUUUUUGUUAUUAUUUCAUUUAUCUUUAUUGUUCUUGUAAGGCAAACUAUAAAUAUCUUGCUUUCAAGUUAUAUUUAGCGCAGCAUCAGCAUUUAUUUUUUAAACUCUUACUUUCUAAAUGUUCUCUUUUUUUUCCGUCUUUUUUCACUUCUUUUUUUGUUGUUGUUUCUAAUUGUUUGAUUGUGAUUUUCGUUUUUGAAGGGGAUGGAAGAACUACAUAAAACUUCAAUAGGUUGCCAUGGUAAUUUGAAGUCCACCAAUGUGCUGGUUGACAGUUAUUGGAUCUGUAAGGUGGCCGAUCACGGACUCCACAGUUUUAGAGAAAAUAAGCUAAUAACAGAGGAGAGAUUACAAUGUCAAUCCGGUACAUUGAUUUGUUUUUUAACUAGUCUGAAAUGACAGCCGUCUCCACCCCUUAACCCGUGGGGUCGCGAGAGAGAGAGACGUCUGAAUUUCCGAGAGUUAGACUGUCGCCCGGUGACGUCACACUAAUUUAUGUAUUUGGCAUGAAUUUCGAUUUUUCUCCCCCGCGCCCCCUCUCCCCUCCUCCCACAAGUUAGGGGGUGGACACGGCUUACAUUUCCAACUAUUUUUUAACCAACAAUAGCCGUAUGUGAAAAAAUAAGUUGUACACGAGCAUUCAUGAUAAAAGGCACUGUCCAGAUGAGAUGACUAUCCAGGAAGUCACUCACAGGCUUCGGAUGUUAGCAGGUUUUCUUAAAGUACUUUUCUAAAACUUUGAAGAGAUAAUGUAUUCUAGAUUUUUAGAGGUAUCAGUACUCCAAAAAAUUCAGCAGUAGCUUUUCUAACGCUGAAUUCGCCGUAAAUAGUUCUUGGCUAAGGUAUAAGCACAUUUUCUUUGUGACCAAGUUUAACGUCAGUAAUACUUAAAAUUUACCUUGAUCAUCAGUCACUACUCUAAAUCACCCUUCCCCUGCUUCUCCUAAUCGCUAAUUCUACUUUAACAGCUUUGUUUUGGACUGCGCCUGAGCAUUUACGAAGUACCGCUGACAUUGGAAAGUCGCAGCUAGGAGACGUUUACAGUUAUGGGAUCAUGCUACAAGAGAUCGCACUAAGAGAAAAGCCUUUCUCUACCUCACUCCUUUGUACAAAAGGUAAAAGGCUCUAUAUAUGGAUUAAUUUAGCAAGUUAAAGUUCUCCAUGCAACACAAAAAUAACGUUUUUACAGCGUUAAGACGAUCUGGCUUGGAGAUUCGAUAAGAGAUGAGGAGUAAUUAUUUCUACCCGAGACGCCCUACUUUAUCGAUGGUCGAGUAUUCUUCAGGAUAUUUACAUUUAUAUCGUAUUCGACGAUUUGUUUCUGAAUUGAUUGAGUACGCAUGUAUAAAUAGACGAAAAUCAAGGGCCUCGAUUCGGGAGAAAUUACAUCAUUGCCAAAAUGCAAAAACGUGAUGAACAUGGCGCGUCAUUUCAGUCAUCGUCAAAAAUAAACCGAAUGCUUAUCACAAGACUCAAUUUGCAUGCAAUGAAAAUUUACAACACCGGACCAGUUAGCCUCACCUUCGGAGUUUUUGUCAUUAACUGAAUUCUCCUUUUUUCGACAACCGAAAUAUUCAUUUGUUACAAAGCAAUCAACGAUUUCAAGCGAUAUAUAGAAUUCGUGGACGAACCCGUUCCGGAAAAGCUCGACAUCUUUCGCAUCAAUAUUUACUCAGCUUUCCUCGCAAAACAUGCAUGGCGCUCUAAUAUGUUGUCGGUCACCUGUUUCCACGGUCUCCGCAAGGAAGACCUGGGACUAUACGGAUUACCCUUUUGGCGCACACACGCGAAAAAAAGAAAGAAAAGAAAUGCUUGAAUGUUUUAGAGUCUCGCUGCUCGUAAAGCAAGCACGACUAACCAGCCGUUCCAUCACAACCGUUUGCUUGAAGGUGUUAGGGAGAGACAUGGGGUAUUUUUCCUUUAAGACAUCACUGCGUGUUGUCGUAGAUCUGGAAUAGGCUCAACAGUGAAAAAUUAGAGAGAGAAAACUUUGUCUUUAUUAUUGCAGUAAUUCAAAACCACUUGCGCGAGCUCAUCAAAAUUCAUUCUUACAGAUCUAGAUCAUAAUACAUCAAACGCAUUUUGAAGAGGUACUUUGCUAAUAUGGUUUGAGACUAAGGAGACCUCUGAAAACAAAGAAAGUAGAAUUUAGAAAUGUCAGAAAAGUUAGGAUAUAAACUAAAUGUUGUCUUAGUUUGUGUGUUUAACUCUUUCCUUUUUAAUACUUUAUCAUUUCAUUUUGUCAGAAAUUCUUUAUUACGUGCGCAAAAGCAUCCAACCGCAUUGUAGGCCCCAGGUUCCCCCGGACAGCGCUACGCGACCAUAUAUCGAUCUCAUGAAGAUUUGCUGGGAUGAAAGCCCUGAGAGAAGACCUACAUUCAGCGGGAUUCUUAAGAUUCUGAAAAAGAUCAACAACGGAAAGUAAGGAAAGCGCUAAUAAAGCCCUUUAAGGUUUUAAGGUUUAAGGGCCGUUAAUGCCAGGGGGGACUUCUAUAUGAAAGGGGCGGGGAGGCUGGUCGGAAAUUUUGAAUUAUACCCUAAAGGAGACAAUCUGGGCGUGGCCCAAGCUUUUUUGACCCCUAAAAAACUUUGAUUACAUGAAUCGAGUAAAUGAAAUGAAUUGAAAAUAUAUAAUUUAUGUUGCUUCUGUGUACAAACCUAAAAGAGACCUUUGCGGCUAAAUAUAAUGGCGUUUUGCCCAGAACACCCUAAGUCAUGAGACCAAAAUCAGAAAUUUGCAACCCUAAGCGAGACGACGAGCAUCCCCGCCCGUUUUAUAUGGGAGCCCCCGGCCGUUAAUGUACUGUCGCGGAUUAGAGUGCAACACUUGAGUGUACCACUGUCCUAUUUACAUAAAAUAUGAAGAGAUCACCAUUUAUCUUUUCUUUUUUUGUAUACUUUUAUCGGAGAGCUUAGAACUGACACUAAUGUCUCUUUUCAGAUCACCGAAAAAAAAAACACUUUAGAGAUCACUGACAUCGUGCAAUAAAGUGCAAAGUGUCAAGGGGUCCCUCCCUUACAUAAGAAUUCUUUAUCUUAAUUUUUAAGCAGUACACACCUCUGUGUAAUUUCUUUCACUAAUACUGAACAACAUUUCGAACUUGAACUCAGUUUCAUUUCUUUCAUUAGAAGAAACAUCCUCAUUUUAUAAAUUAAAUUUCAGGACAAUCUCAGUUAUAGACAACAUGCUGUCGAUGAUGGAAAAAUACACCAACAAUCUGGAGUCCCUCGUAAAUGAACGAACAAAGCAACUGCAAUGCGAGAAAACCAAAACAGACGAACUUCUUCACAAGAUGCUACCAAGGUAAACAGACCAUUGUAAGCCAGGUGGAAUCCCAAGGGGUCCCCCUCUUGGGUACUCAUGCCUCUCUUCUCUCUCUUUGUCCAAUUAAACUUGCCCCUUUGAUGAUUGACCUAAACUGAGAGGUAAACCACCAAUGCAAUCAAAAUUCAGGAUUCGCCUUUACGAUACAAGAGUCUACUAGUUUCAGUGAUAUUAUCAAGCGGAUAUGAAGAAAGGUCGUCAACCUUGUUCUUAGGGGUUAUUCCCUUAGACAAACCAUGGGAACGAGGUUGUAAGUUCAUUCGGAACAUUUGGCAAUUUUGAGAUUUAGCGUAAGACCGGUUGUAAGACAUAAACACCACACUGAUAGGGCCUCAACAAAGUGGGGCUUUAGCCUUUGAUUAACCACUGUUUUGCCAUUUUUGUGGCUUGUCAUGAUCAGAAUGGCAUAACAACAAGUUCUGCUAAAAAAACACAGUCCCGGUACAGUAUGUUUAAAGUCCUACCACUGAACACACACCUGCCGAAUCAUGUCAUGUCGGGUUCUUCCUAUGAAGUAUGUUUACCUCUGCUGUUUCAAUCUGACUCAGGAGUAUCGCCGAGCAACUCAAAGCGGGACUUGAAGUGAAGGCAGAACAAUAUGAUAACGUUACAAUAUUUUACAGUGACAUCGACGAAUUCUCCAACAUAACGUCGGUCAGCUCUCCAAUUCAGGUUAGAAAAAUUUCAAUCGACAAUGAUUUUCUAAGUGAAUUUAAGUAUGAUAACUCUCAACCGUCCAUAAUCCAUACAGCUUGGCAAUAUCUUUUAUAAUGGUUGACAUACGGUGAGGCUGACUGAGUUCUCGACUGAUUCGGCCUGGAUAACUGUCUGACAGACUCAAUACCUAACUUUAUCACAGAUAUAAACAGACUCACUGACCGGCUGACCAACUGGCUUGAUGACUGGCUUGCUGACCGGCUGACAGACUGUUUUACCAACUGGUUGACUGACUUAUUGGCUGACUGAUCGAUGGACGGACUGACUUGACUGACAGACUAACUGACUGACUUACUGUUUGACUGUUGUUUUGACACCUACAAAUGGUUAGACAUUCUAGUCUUGUCGGAUAAGGACGAAAAACCGUAUGCCCAUCUCACAGUUCUUUCAUUGUUCUGAUUCUUGUGGGACGUAAAAGAACUCACAUUGCUGUUCUUAAAUAGUAGGAGGCGUAGACCCCGGUGGCGUGGUACAACCUUUCAUGGGCUGGGUGGGUAAUGAAGGGGUUGAUAUCAAUUGGGACGUUAGUGCUGUUUCAUCUCCUGUCACCGUGUUGAGUCACCGUGGAGAAUUCAAUAAAGUAACUAUCAGAGUAAAGUUGAUGAAGUUUGAUAAAGCCGGCACUAUAAAAUCUGCGCCUCCAACCCUUCUCAAGGACCCAUUGAGUGAUUGACUCGCUGACCUAAAAACUGAUGGACUGGAUGAUUCAAAGAAAAUAGAGAUUUAGAGCCACGUUAACGGCGUGAAACUACUAAAAGGGAAAAGUAGUUCAAGUGGUGCGCAUGUAAACGUGGCUCUAAUUCCCUUUGUAAAUGAUUGUUAUAUUCCGGUAUAAGAGUUUGCUUUUUACCUCUGGUGGUCCCCCAAUUCCCUUUAUUUUGGUAAAUUCUUAGUCGUAUAAAUGGUUCACCGGCUCGCUGAUUAGAUAUUUGCUACGUGUUAACUAAGUGAUUUCAUUGGUUUAUCAGUAGGACGUAUUGUUUUAAAACUUUACAGGUUAUAACGCUGCUUAACGAUCUCCACUCAUUAUAUGACACUGUGAUGACGAGAUAUGAUGUUUACAAGGUAAAAUCAACGUCUUGAUUCAUUUUGUUGGAAAGGUUUACAUUUUCCUUGUUCAAAACAAAAACAACAUCAUAGCUUAUUUUUUAUACGCACGUCUAUUUAGGUGAAAUCAGAAACUCAUUUGAGUUUCUGUUGAAAUCAAAUAAAAAAUAAAUUAGGAAUUAGAACCAGCUCUCACAUUUGCCCUUUAAUUAGCCUAUAAUGUGCUGCCGAGUAGAUUAUUCCCGGACGGUGGAGCUGCUUAACUUCCACCGGUUUAACAAAUGCGUUAUGACAUGGUUCCAUUAUGCUUUCAACCUACAUACUGCGCAUAUGUUGUGCGCAUCACGGAACCGCCAGAUGGAACCCGGGAGGGAAUGAAAAUAUGAAGGGGGUUGGGGAGGGAGGGAAGAUCUCUCUUUUCCCUUUCCCCCCCCCCCCCCCCCCCCCAACUCCCGACCUCUUUCCCUCCUCUUUUUUUCUCCUGCCACUCGGGCUAGCCCGCGAAAAUCCUUACGCAAAAGUAGUUUCUACGUCUUUUGAAUUUUUUUCCGAGGGAGGAGGCGGUUGUACACAGGCUAGUUUUGACUAUAUUUCAAAAAAUGUGUUGCAGGCAUAAUUACGCUUCAACUUUUCACGCCUUUCAGCGUUGUCUUUUCUCAAGAGAAGCCAAGUAGAAUUAACUUAAGAAAAAGAGGAAGUUCAGUACUCUAACCACCCCCAAUUUUUUCAGUGGCUCUUGCUAUAACUGAGAGAAACUGUAGUAGUCUGAUGCAUAUUCGGCAUAAAUAUCUCAAUAAAGUACUUUUUAAAGUAACUUAAUUUUGACCUAAUUCCAUGCAGUUUCCUGCUGAUUAUCUUUUCCAAUCAUAAUUUCCAGUUUCCUACCUUCGAGAGAGUCAGAGGGAGUUCUUAACCGUAUUUAUUUUUUUCUGUGAAUUUUAUAGGUUGAAACAAGCAGCGAUUCGUGUUUGGUUGUGUCUGGUCUUCCAGAGAGGAAUGGAAAUAAACACGCUGGACACAUAGCUAGGAUGUCUUUGCGUUUGGUAACAUAUCUUAAGGAAUUUAAAAUUAGCCAUCUACCAGGAAGAACUCUACAGUUUAGAAUUGGUAUCCAUUCAGGUGAGAAUGUAUCAUCAAAAACCAUAGAGCUUGUACCACACUAGUCUCCGAGAUCAAGGGUGGAGACCGAAUUUCUAAGACGAGUACGACUACGAGUAUGAGACAAUAGGGAGCUAAAGCAACAACUACAGCGACGGUUACGAAAACGUCACUUAAAUAGUGAAUUCGCGCUGCCUCAAACUUUAUCGCGUUUAUUUUGGAGUUGAGUUCUGAAGGACUGUCAAGUUGAGGAAAAGAAAAACAAAGCUGUUGUGUUGUGUUCCCGUCCUCGACAAAACGUGAAAUUAGGCACUUUCACGUCGUAGUCGUGCAUUGCAGUGACGGCAAGGAAAUGUACAAAAAAGCGUGGUGCAGGUGCAAAGUUGUUGUUUUGCUAAUCUAAUCUUUUGCCUUUUUACCGUUUUCGUUGCCGUCGCCGUCGUCGUUAUGUAGUGCGUGCCCGUGAGCCAGCGUCAUUUUGGCGGGAAAAAGUGACAGCCGUUCGGCCUAGAACCUAGGCAUUCUUUCUUGACCCGUUGUCCGCGCGAAGAACGCUUAGGGACUAGGCUGAUAGUCGUUGUCAUUCUACCACGGUUUUCAGAGAGAAUUUAAGUUGUCAAAUAAAUUAUCAAAUGUUAGAAGUUUUAUCAUUUUGCCAGCGGGAGAGUGCUAAGACCUCCUUUAAUAAAGAUAACUUUUUUGGUGAAAAAAAAAAGUACAAAGAAGAUUUUCGGGUUUCAAUUAUUUGGGAAUACGUGAGAAAACUUAAAACAAUGAUCAAAUCUCGUACUUGUAGUCUUUCUCGUUCUCGAAUCCAAAGGUCUGUGCUAAUGUGCAGAGAUCGUGAAAACUAUCGAAAAUCGCACCGGAUGGGGACUGAAAACCCACUUUUUACCCCUUGACCUUGUUUUCGCGACGUUCAUGCUAUAGCCUGGCGAAGGCUAAAUAUGCUAUUUCAUUCUCAUUCAAGGGACAGGCGUUUUCUCACUAAUUCUCGUUGUGUUUUCUUGCUACGGUACCCUGAUGAGCGCUAGCUCCAAAAAAGAGCGAAACAUCGCUGCUUUUAUCUGCUGUCUUGCUUUUAUAUAGCCUAAAUUAUGACUCAGUUUUUACGUAUGAAAAAGACCCUAAUUUACUGACUAUUGAAUACGGCCAGAAGCUUAUAUUUCUGAUCGGGCUUAAUUUUAAAAAAAACCCGCUUAAAUCUUUUAUAGAACUGAAAAAGUUAUUCAAAACACUUAACGUUAUCAGCUGGAACUUUAAUGAAUUGGAAUAAAAGUUAUUAGGGAGCUUAAUGAUGCAAGUCAAUCGGAAAUAGAGAGUUCUCCCUUUUAAUAUGCCUUGACGCCACCAAAUUUGCAUUGCUGUCUUCCUUUACUCUUUUAGAGACGAUUUGCUUGAAAAUGUGGGUAAAACCACUGCCAUAGAACGCAAAAAGUACACUUCCGUUGUAGAUCGUCGCUCAAAAACGUCUCUGCUUAGGCUCCAAAUUUAGCAAUCCACGAAGGCGCGGAUGACGAAGCUUAUUUUAUUCCCAGGUCCCUGUGUGGCGGGUGUGGUAGGUUUGAAAAAGCCUCGUUAUGAGAUAUUUGGAGAAAUAGUGAACAUUGCCAAACAGUUAGAGGAAUCCUGUGCUGGUAGGUUAUAAUCUCAUACCCAGAUCUCGCUCUGUUUCACGGUAAAAAGGAGAACUUAGGCCCGUCCACACGAAUCCGUUUUCAUUUGUAAACGCAACUUUUUCUUUACGGAUACGGCUUACGUCCACUUGUAUCCGAUGAAAACGAUCAAUUAAAACGGAGCUUUUCGAAAACGCUCUCCAGAGUUAAACUUUUGAGAACGCUUUUUUCGCGUGUACGCGUGGACAGACGAAAACGGAACUUUUCGAAAAGGUUGAGGACACACUAUCAGUUCCAAUCCACUCCGCGAAAUAAUAGUAACUUAUUCAAGAUGGCGGACGAGCGCUUCCCCAUCAUGUCGUUUAUGCUUGAGCUUAUUUUUAACCUAGUUGCUGGUUUCAAGCAAAUUUAGCUUUGUUAAUUCUUCAAGCUGAUUAUUCCAGGAGGCGCCAGAGCACUAUCAGGUUACUUUCGCUACCGGUGGAAGGCGGAAGGCGGAAGGUUGGAUCUCCCUUUAAUUUGACAUUUUAAACUGUUUCUGUGACUUUGAACAACGUCACAACAAUAUACACCCACUCCAAAGAAAUUCAAAGGUGACGCCAAUUUAUUAUUUUGAGGGCUCAUAAUAGCGACCACGUAUGCGUCAAGCAUGCGCAGUUGGGUAAGUUAUCGUUUUCAAAUCGAUUCCUCGUUUAGGUAAGGAUGGGCGAAAACGAUGCGAAAACGUUACGAGUGGACGCGAAUUUUUUGAAAACAGAGAAAAAAAGUAUACGGAAAUGUGUGGACAGGGCCUUUGUGAGAUCUCCUUUUCCUUUGUCGAAGGAGCUCUAGGAACGAGAUUAGGUACAUUAACUAUUAGUCUCACUGCAUACACAAUUAGCCCGUGACAAGGGAAAUAAGAAACUCCUUUAACUUGUGAGCAAAAAUAGUGAGCAGCAUCACUAACAGGUAUAUGAAACUAGAAUGUGGCCUGAACAGAGUUCUAAGUAGAAAUUAUUCGCUAAGUUCCCUUCCUCUUAUCAUGGAAAGAACAAUACUGCCUCAGGUAUAUUUCCUAAUUCGUACCACCACAGCUUAUAUUCUAGUGUUUUAAUAGAUGUCUUUAAGUAUUGACUGUAGGAUGUAUCGUUUCUUUAGCUCAGCGAAUUCAUGUUAGUUCUUCUUGUAAGUUGAUUCUGGAUGACUUGGGCAGCUUUCAUUUAGAGGAGAGAGGCCUGGUAAAGAUUAAGGUGAGACGAGAGUUGCCUGUUACAUAUUUUCUUACGUGCACAGUAUAA